AUUGUGAAUUAUUAAUGUCAAUUAAUAAUGAUACUUUAACAGCAAUUGCUUUUUCAACACCAAAUCUUCAAAAUUUAAAAAAUAUUAAAGAAAUUCAUAUUGAUGCAAUAUAUAAAACAACUAAAGAUUUUAUUCUAAUUAAUGCAAUAAAAAAUGUAUGGCCAAAUAAAGGCAUUCAAUUAUGUCUCUGGCAUUUAAAAAAAGCUAUACUUACAAAAAUAAAAUUAAAUAAACAACAAGUACGAUAUAGUUUAUUUACAAUUGGUGAUUUUCAACAAUUUCCAUUUAUUGAUCCAAAUUUUGUUUCCCAA